CAGCCUGGAAACCAUUCAUCAUGUCAUUUUCACUGCAAGAAAUCGCGGCCAACGCCGUUCAAGCCCGGAGUCGCAUUCGCCAACACAUCUACCAAACCCCUCUCAUACCAGCUAGACGAAUCGGCCAUGAUCACGACGCAAAGGUGCUGUUUAAAGCAGAGAAUUUCCAACUCACUGGGUCUUUCAAAAUACGAGGGGCACUUGCUAAACUGUCAUCCCCAUCAGCGCAAGGACGCCUGGUCACAGCAUCGUCAGGUAAUCACGGCAUCGGUGCCAGUUUUGCCGCGAAGGUGCUCGCUAAGAACCUUACGGUCGUCCUUCCCACCACCGUGGUGCAGGCGAAAUUGGAGAAAAUCAAGUCAUUCGGCGUUGAGGUGAUCCUCCACGGCGUGGAGACUGGCCAGGCUGAACAACAUGCGCAGCAGCUCGCGUCUUCGGGAUCCUACACUUAUAUCUCGCCUUACAACGACGCUGACCUUAUUGCUGGACAAGGAACCAUCGGACUCGAUAUUCUCGAGCAGGUCGAAGAGGUUGACAAUGUCUUCAUUUCCAUGGGUGGUGGUGGGCUCCUCAGCGGCGUCGGAUCCGUUCUCAAAGCGUUUCGUCCCCAGACAAAGAUAUAUGGAGUCUCCGCCAAAAAUUCCAAGGCAUUGGCAGUCUCUAUAAUGGCUGGCCAUGUUGUUGAAACAGAUCAUCUUCCUACCCUGGCCGAAGCUGUGGCCGGCGGCAUUGAUGAAGACACAAUAACGCUUUCUCUGGCAAGCGCGGUCGUGGACUAUAUUAUCGAGUGCGAUGAAGCAGAGAUCUUGAGAUCGCUGAAGGCACUCGCCGCUCAAGAGAAUAUGAUUGCCGAGGGCUCCGCGGCCCUUGCUCUUGCUGGAUUCAAUAAAGUCGCCGAGAAACUGACCGGCCAAACUAGCGUCAUCCUCCUAUGUGGUGGCAACGUUGAUCAUGAUUUCAUCCAGGAGGUAUUAUGUAGGUAGCUUUUGAGACGACAAAGACCAGAAAGUGAUAAACAAGAAGGAUCUCUUCAUCCCUCCCGUUUGACUUUAUAUCAAUAGUGCCUCCUAGAACAGAUUCUGAAAGGACCAACAGAAUAUCCCAGCUCAACCUCAUUUACUCCAGUGUACAUUUCCCUGCGAUAU